ACCAAGGGAACCAGCCGAUCAACACAAAAGUCUCACGCGCACGGCACGUGACCUCUCCUUCUUCAUGACGUCUCCUUCACAUCGCCAAUUUUACUCCCCCGUCCCAUUCUCUGUUGACAACAACACUCUUCGUCUCCCAAACCCCUCUCUCAUUUAUUCGUCUCCCAAACCCUAACCCUAACCCUAACCCUAACAUUACCCUCUCUUUCCACUCCCAAACUCAAACCUAUCCAUCGCCAAUUCUCAAACCCUAACCCUAAUUUGACGAUAUACACGCUCUUUCUGCUUUGAUAUUUUCCGAUGGAUUCUCAGCCGAACAACCUCUACGAGACGGCGUCGCAGCCGGACACCGGCAACGACGCCUACACUUUCCUCGAAUUCAACACUCAAGGAGAAGAGUUCGAUUACCCUGAAUUUCAAGAGCUUUCUCAGCCAAUUCGAUCCUCAGUUUGGCCAACGCCUUCCGAUUCCAUAGCGGACCCUGCUGACCGAGCCGAUAGAGCCUCGUCUGAUCAUCAUUCUGACGCUUCGCCUGUUUCCACAGCCCCCGGGAGCGCUGGGAAGGGCAGGGGUGGUGGGGGCAACCAGUCGGCUGUGGAUGCGCUUGCGGCCGGUAUGAGUGGACUGAACUUUGAAGAGACUGGGGAUGAUGAGAGUUACGAGUAUGGCAAGGGUGAUUUUACGGAGCAUGCGUGUCGGUACUGUGGAGUGCAGAACCCGGCGUGUGUUGUGAGGUGUAACGUACCGUCUUGUCGCAAGUGGUUCUGCAAUUCAAGGGGGAACACGUCCGGGUCGCAUAUUGUUAAUCACCUGGUUCGAGCUAAGCAUAAAGAAGUUUGUCUUCAUAAAGACAGUCCCCUGGGAGAAACGAUACUUGAAUGUUACAAUUGUGGAUGCCGGAAUGUGUUCCUCCUUGGAUUCAUAUCUGCCAAGACAGAAAGCGUCGUCGUUCUUCUUUGCAGGGAACCUUGUCUUAGUGUCAAUGCUUUGAAGGACAUGAAUUGGGACCUCAGUCAAUGGUGUCCACUUAUUGAUGAUAGAUGUUUUUUGCAGUGGCUUGUUAAGGUCCCAUCUGAACAGGAGCAGUUAAGGGCACGCCAAAUCAGUGCUCAACAGAUAAAUAAGGUAGAAGAACUUUGGAAAACCAACCCUGAUGCUACCCUGGAAGAUCUUGAGAAACCUGGUGUGGAUGAUGAACCUCAGCCUGUAGCUCUGAAGUAUGAAGAUGCAUAUCAGUAUCAAAAUGUAUUCGCGCCACUUAUCAAGCUUGAAGCUGACUAUGAUAAAAUGAUGAAAGAAUCUCAAAGCAAAGACAAUGUCACAUUACGGUGGGAUAUUGGUCUCAACAAAAAGCGUGUUGCAUAUUUUGUUUUCCCAAAGGAAGAUAAUGAGUUGCGUCUCGUACCUGGUGAUGAGUUGCGGCUACGUUAUUCAGGAGAUGCAGCUCAUUCGGCUUGGCAGUCGGUGGGACAUGUGAUAAAGCUAACUGCCCAAGAGGAGGUUGCACUCGAGCUUCGUGCUAGUCAGGGAGUACCUGUUGAUGUGAACCAUGGUUUUAGUGUUGAUUUUGUGUGGAAGAGCACAAGUUUUGACCGGAUGCAGGGGGCAAUGAAAACAUUUGCAGUCGAUGAGACGAGUGUUAGUGGCUACAUUUACCAUCACUUAUUAGGCCACGAGGUUGAGGUUCAGAUGGUUCGCAAUACACUGCCUCGUCGUUUUGGUGCACCAGGUCUUCCGGAGCUCAAUGCAUCUCAAGUUUUUGCUGUUAAAAGUGUCCUUCAGAAGCCAAUAAGUUUGAUUCAAGGUCCUCCUGGAACUGGGAAAACAGUCACUUCUGCAGCAAUUGUAUAUCAUAUGGCCAAACAAGGCCAAGGACAGGUUUUGGUUUGUGCUCCAAGUAAUGUGGCUGUUGACCAACUAGCUGAAAAGAUAAGUGCCACUGGGUUAAAGGUUGUUAGGAUAUGUGCAAAAUCAAGGGAAGCUGUUAGUUCUCCUGUUGAGCAUUUAACCCUUCACUAUCAGGUUCGACAUCUUGACACAUCUGAAAAGAGUGAACUUCACAAGUUGCAGCUUCUUAAAGAUGAGCAAGGAGAAUUGUCCAGCAGUGAUGAGAAAAAGUACAAGGCUCUGAAGAGGGCAACGGAGAGGGAGAUAUGUCAAAGUGCUGAUGUCAUUUGUUGCACAUGUGUUGGUGCUGGUGAUCCUCGAUUGGCAAAUUUUAGAUUUCGCCAGGUACUUAUUGAUGAGUCUACUCAAGCAACUGAGCCUGAGUGUCUUAUUCCUUUGGUUCUUGGUGCAAAACAGGUGGUUCUUGUUGGGGACCAUUGCCAACUCGGUCCUGUCAUUAUGUGCAAGAAAGCAGCUCGUGCUGGGCUAGCCCAGUCUCUUUUCGAACGCCUUGUACUACUUGGUGUGAAGCCAAUUAGACUCCAGGUUCAAUACCGCAUGCAUCCAUGCCUAUCAGAAUUCCCUUCUAAUAGCUUUUAUGAAGGUACACUUCAAAAUGGAGUGACCAUGAACGAAAGGCAAUCACCAGGCAUUGAUUUCCCUUGGCCUGUGCCAAACCGUCCCAUGUUCUUUUAUGUCCAGAUGGGACAAGAGGAGAUUAGUGCAAGUGGAACUUCCUAUCUAAAUAGGACCGAGGCUGCAAAUGUUGAAAAAAUUGUGACUACGUUCUUAAGGAGUGGUGUAGUUCCUAGUCAGAUAGGGGUUAUAACACCAUAUGAAGGGCAGCGAGCAUAUAUUGUGAAUUAUAUGUCAAGAAAUGGUGCUCUUAGACAGCAACUGUACAAGGAAAUUGAGGUUGCGAGUGUUGAUUCAUUUCAAGGGAGGGAAAAAGAUUACAUAAUUUUGUCUUGUGUGAGGAGUAACGAACAUCAGGGCAUAGGAUUCCUUAAUGAUCCCCGAAGGCUUAAUGUUGCACUAACACGUGCCCGCUAUGGUAUUGUCAUCUUGGGGAACCCUAAAGUUCUAAGCAAACAGCCGCUUUGGAAUGGAUUGUUGACACACUACAAGGAGCACGAGUGCUUGGUAGAAGGUCCUUUGAAUAAUUUAAAGCAGAGUAUGGUUCAAUUUCAGAAGCCUAGAAAGAUCUACAAUGAUCGCAGACUUUUCUUUGGUGGUGGACCUGGAAUAGUGCCUAACGAUACUUUUGGCUCUGUUUCUUCUUCAAGCCCAAAUUCUGAUAGGAGGGGCAACCGACCUAGGGGUUCUUAUGUACCACCUGGUCCAACUAAUGGUACGCAUAAGCCUGGGAUGCAUCCUGCUGGUUAUCCGAUGCCUCGGGGUCCUGUUCCACCUUAUCAUGGUGGCCCCCCUUCUCAACCAUAUGCUAUCCCAACUCGUGGAGCUGUACAUGGACCAGUCGGAACUGUUCCUCAUGUUCCUCAACCAGGAAGCCGGGGUUUUGGGGCUGGGCGUGGCAAUGCUGGUGCUCCUAUUGGCAGUCAUCUUCCCCAUCAGCAAAGCUCUCAACCCAUUGGAAGUCUUGGGCCCGGUUUCAACUUUCCUGCUAUGGAGAAUCCAAAUAGCCAGCCAUCUGUGGGUGGACCAUUAUCUCAACCUGGAUUCGUUUCUAAUAUGGCUGUUCAAGGACCAAGCCAAACAUUUCGUGAUGGGUUCUCUAUUGGCGGCAUGUCUCAGGAUUUCUUGGGUGAUGAUUUUAAAAGUCAGGGAUCACAUGUUCCAUAUACUGUUGCAGACUUCUCCACUCAGGCUUCUCAAAGUGGGUAUGCUGUUGAUUAUGUAACCCAGGGUGCACAAUCUGGGUUCCCAGGAAGCUUUUUAAACCAGAAUUCUCAAGCUGGAUAUUCUCGUUUUGGUACAGGAAAUGACUUCAUGUCUCAGGACUACAUGGCUCAUGGGUCACAAGGUCUGUUUACCCAAGUUGGAUUCAGUGAUCCAUCACAAGAUGAUGCUACACAGAGCCACUUCGCCAUGGCCAAUGCCAACCCACUUCAGUCCCAAUCUCAGGGACUGUUGAAUCCUCUAUUCUCCCAACCUUUCGCUCACUACAACACACAGCCAAUAAACUUGCAGGCUCCGCAACAGCAACAGCAGCAGCAGCAGCAACCCCAUCAGGGGCAGAGCUCACAAAAUCAGAAACUUCACUACAAUGGUUGAUGGCUCGUGAGGGUUAAUAUUCGAUAAGGGUUAUGGUCUUAGCAUCCAGCAACUUGGUUUGUGCUCUCAUGUGUGCCCAUUUUUUCUGUCUUGAGAAGCAGAAGGGUUUGUCAACAAUCGUGGCCAGUUUGACAGCACAACCCUGAGAAGUUGAUUCUUAAUGUUUGGGAACCAGAUAGUUUGAGUUGGCAGAAAGGCUAUGGGUCUCGGGUCGAACGCUGGCGGCAAGUCUGGGGCUGAGAAAGAAAAGGAUAACCCAAAUUAUCUUCUUGAAAUUUUGUAUUGUUCACAGAGAAGGUAAAAUUGUUUCGUGGGAGAAAGCAUUACAUGGCGUGGUUUUGUCGAAGGGUGGGUUAUUGGGGAAGCGGAGAUCUAAUUGGGAAAAUCCGUUGUUCAUCAUACAGAAGCAGCUACUACCAUGGUUUUAUACAGUCUUCCUCACCCUUUCAGCACUUCCUCACAUGUAAACUCUACGUUAUCACUGCAUAGACAUAGACGAUGACGAUAUCUUAGAGGUGUCCCAGGGCAAGCACUGAUACCUUUUUAACUCUGGUAGGUAAAUAAAUUUGCUAAUUAUCAUUGAUAUUGGUUGCCGUAAAUCAGGUGUUCGGGUUUGUAUUUUGUUCGGAACGCCCUAGUAUUUAUUGUAUUUCUGAUAGCAGCAGUGUUAAUAGUUGGUGUCUGGUGGUACUCUAAUAUUCUAAUUACUGGCUUCGGAGUGUGUUCACUGUUCA